CCGAACCUUUCCACUAUCGAAGAGCCUAUCGACUUUGGCACAUCUUCAGCGCAUAGAUGCAGCGAAAAGCGAAUCGUCUCGCGUUCGAAUUUGUACGCACUGCAGCAUAAAUAUUAAAAAAAGCGCUUUGAACAUGCAGUUGCACAAACGGAGAGCCAAGCAAAAAUAUGGCCAGUGAAUUAUGUCAUAAAUGUGAAAGUGUUAACAGUUGCACUGCAGCGGCAUCCAGAACAACAACAACAACAGUAGCAGCAGCAGCAAUAGCAACAUAAAGUGCACGCAUGUGAAAAGAAGUGCGAGUGUGUAGAAAAAAUCAAUUGAGAAGGAAAUUGCAUACUCGCUAUCGCACUUGAAACGAAAAUAAGUGAAAGAAAAUAAUAUAUAUAUUUAUAUAUAUAAAGUGCGUUCGGGGUGUGUGCGUGCUUGCGCGUGUGUGUGUGUGUGCAAGAAAAGGAGCAAGAAGCAGCAGCAGCAGCAGUAGAAAUAGCAAAAGGAGGCAGCAAAAACAACAAGCUAGAGAAGCCCGCCAGCAGCAACAACAACCAGCAGCAGCCCCCUAAUAAAGCAGAGAAAAAAAUGAGUUCAAGUUGUGAAAGAAUAGAAUGGGUAGAAAUCAUCGAGCCUCGCACCAAGGAGCACAUGUACGCCAAUCUCACCACGGGCGAGUGUGUUUGGGAUCCACCAGAAGAUGUGCCAAUUAAGCGGACCGACUCAUCGCAGUGGUGGGAACUGUUUGAUACGAAUACCCAGCGUUUCUACUACUACAAUGCGGCCACGCAGAAGACCGUGUGGCACCGGCCGAGUAAGUGCGACAUCAUUCCGCUGGCGAAGCUGCAGACGCUCAAGCAGAACACCGAUCCCAGCGAGCGUCGCGAGCAGACCACGCCCCAAAAACAGCAGCAGGUGCAGCACUCUUCCCAGCAGCAACAACAACCCUCACCCAUGUCGGGGCCAAACAAGAAAGGACGUGGCCAGCAGCGGAUCAGCGGGAGUAAUGGUACGGUGGCAAGCUCGGAGGAGAAGCUAACCAGCAACGAAGUGAUCUCUAGUCCACGUGGUCGUCAAAGCUUUCGCGUUGGCACUGGUGACUCAUCCCGCUCGAUGGACAUGCAGCAGCAGAAUCCGCAGGGCUACGCCUCCAGGCGUUCGCAGGACUCCGGCAAUCAGUAUAAGGAAUCGGGCAAGUCCAGCGACUCUAGUCUGUCCAGUGCGCAUGGCUAUAGGCGCUUCAAUGACAGCGGCGUUCCGGGGUCGGGACAUCCGGAUAACCUGCGCCUUGGCUCCCUGCAGAAGCAGCAGCGUGGCGGUGGCAAGGAUAAUGGAGCUUUCGAGAUGCUGCAAGAGAGCACCAGUUCGCAUAAUUUACCGCAUGGCAGCACCUCCACAUCCUCAUCCUACGCCGGUGGCAGUGGCUAUGGGGACAAGUAUUUCGAUCAUCAGCUGCUGCCCAACCACCUGCAGGGCUAUUCGUCCAAGUCUUCGGAUAUUGCCUCACCUACGCACUCCAUUCACACGCCCCAGUCGCAGAAGAAGAAGAUGUCGCCGGAUGCGGCGCCCGCUGCACAAUACAACUACGCACAACAGCAGCAUCAGCAGAGAAACGCACAACGCGGUGGUGGAGGAGCUGGUGGCACCGGAGCCCCAGCGGGCAAGUCCUACGGAGGCGAUCGCGAAUACAAAGUUUCGCUGGCCCGCUCUGGCAGUUUCAUGUCCUCUUCAAUUAAUCCCGCCGCCGCUGGCCACCACAGCAAAUCCUACCGUAAGAGCAGCGCGGAAGCAGCGAAUGGAGGAGCGGCCAGCGAUGACUCCAUGCACGAGAAGUACUUUAAGUCAGUGGAAAACACACCACUCUCUCGGCGCCGUCACACCACCAAUGCGACCAAGAGUGGAGGUGGGGCCAGUGGCAGCAACACGGCCACCAGUACGGCGGGCAGCGGCAGCAGUAGCCAUAAAAAGCACUCGAGCGACUCUAGUCCGCAGAGUCCGAUCAGUCCCCAGACAAAGAGUUCGAGGCAGGCUAAGACGAGUGCCACCAGUACCGUGCCUCAACUGCAGCAUUCACCGCGCCUGCAGGAGCCGAGCCACAGCCUAGAUUUAUUGAGCCUGGAAAGGAUUUCACUUGGAAAACCGGGGCCUAUCUCACCAGGAGGUGGAACAGAGAACCUAGGCCUGUUGACGCACUCGUCGCGCGGGUCCAACGACUCUGCCCGCCAGCGCCCGAAGUCCAAUAAUUCCUCGGCGAACCGUUCGCAGUCGCAUCAUUAUCCUGGACAGAGCUCGUUGCGACAUAGCGCCAGUUCUAGUCUGGACAAACGAGGCUACCACGUGGGAGGAGGGAGUGGCGAUGGAAGGGGGGGAACAGGCGGUGAAAAGCGGCGCUCAAAGCAGCAUCACUAUCAUCAGCAGGCUGACAACAGCGACGUGGAGUACGACAAUGGGAAUACCUCACCCUUGUACACCAAUUGGGACCAGGAAAUGCCCCACCUGCUGCCUCUCAAACACUAUAUCAUCGAGCAGGCGAAGUUGUCGGGUCGCUAUGAAUACCGUUGUGGCGAUGGCGGAGAUUCGGACUCGUUCCACUCGGACAGCCAGUCGGAGCACUCACUCUCAGGACACGAACCGGACAACGAGGACUCGGAUGGAGGAUCGGACACGCAUGGUGGUUAUCUGGAGCACAACUACGGCAUGAUCGACGACUACGCCAAUAUGGGAGACAGCGUAUCCUACUACGCCUACAUGUAUCCGCCACACGAUCCCGCCGGAAGGGAGGAUAUCUCCGAGAACGUGGAGGCUGUGUUGGAGGGAAUUGGCGGCAACGCGACAGAACCUUCGGCUCCAACCGCCACAGCCCCCAAGCCAAAGCCUCGUUACCAGAUCUCAUACUACGACACCGUAUCGCACAGUCCUUCAGCCGGAAGCGGCUAUCACGGUCAGCAGCUUUACUCCAAUACUCCGCCCUACUCUGGGCAUGGUCAUGGUCAUCACGUUCCACCGCCGUCAGUGCCCCACCAGCAGCAGCUGCACCUGGAACCGAGCGACGCCAAGCAGAAGCAGUCACAGACCCUGCCCUCCCCUAACCGACAGAUUUCGCGCCUAGCUGGUGCCGGUCACCAAGGAUCGGGACCAGCUGCAUCAUCCAAAGAAGAGACUGGCCACAGUACUGUUGUCGGUCAACAGCAGGCAAUCGUGGGUACUGUGACGCCAGCUAGUCUUUCCCGACCUGGUCACAAGAUGGCUCCCCCCUCGCUAAAGCCCACCAUCCAGCAAAUCUUUCCACCCAGCGAACGGGCGCCAGGAAUGGGUGGCUUAGGAUUAGGUGGACCUACGUUGGCCUGCAUGAAAGAAUGUGAUAUAGAGAAAUUCGCUGCCGACAAUCUAAAUUUGCACUCGAAGGGAAUCUUCCGGAAGAAAGCAUCUGUGCGCGACAUGCUUAGUUGGACGGCGGAAGCGAUUAGCAGACCCAUGUUGGCUUUGUCUCGGGACAAGGCGGACAAGAAAACGGCAAUUGAACUGUUUAAACUGGUGCAGAUAUACAUGGCGGAUCGCAAGGCGCGAAUAGGCAUGACUUUAAAUUCAGUGGCCAUAGAAAUAAUCAGUGCAUCCCUACCACAGCAACAAUUAAGAGACGAGCUAUAUGUCCAGUUGUGUCGGCAAACGACAGAGAAUCCCAAGAGAGACUCGCUCAUCCGCGGGUGGGAAUUGAUGGCCAUCUGUCUGUCUUACGUACCCCCUUCGCCCACGUUUCAACCGACGCUGCUCAAUUAUGUCAAUCGGCACCGCGAUCCAUCGUUUGCCACGUGUUUCAUGGAGGUUAGCAAGUGGCCCAUUCAUGUGCAAAUCUCGCACUACGCAACUGUGUGCUGUCGCCGCUUGGAUCGCAUAGGUAGCAGUGGACGCCGAAUGGCCAAAAAACCAACUGUAGACGAGGUGGAGCAAGCACGGCAACAAAUCUUAAGGAACAGCAUGUUUGGUAACACGCUUUCUGAAGUGAUGGAUCUCCAAAAAGAUAAAUUUCCUUUCCGUAAGCUGCCCUGGAUACAGACCACACUGUCAGAGCAUGUGCUCCUGCUAAAUGGAAAGCAGACCGAAGGAAUCUUUCGAGUCUCCGCGGAUGUGGAUGAAGUAGGUUGCAUGAAGAACCGUCUGGAUCGGUGGGAUGUUCCUGAUUACAAAAACACAUUGGUUGAUGCACAUACGCCAGCCAGUCUGCUGAAGCUGUGGUACCGAGAACUGUACGAUCCACUUAUACCGGAUGCCUACUAUGAAGAUUGCGUAAACACCGAGGAUCCCGACAAAGCCAAAGAAAUAGUUAAUAAGUUGCCCGAAAUAAAUCAGCUGGUUCUAACGUAUCUAAUACACUUCCUGCAACAGUUUGCCAUACCCGAGGUGGUCAGUUGCACCAAGAUGGACUCCUCGAAUCUGGCCAUGGUGUUUGCGCCCAACUGUCUGCGCUGCACAUCGGAGGAUCCCAAAGUGAUUCUGGAGAACGCUCGAAAAGAGAUGUCCUUCAUGCGCACCUUAAUUCAGCACAUGGACACGACGCACGUGGCCAAUCUGGUCUAAUGGGCUGUUGGCCAAUAAAUAAGGCGAACGACCUACCUACCAACCUACCAAUAUGCAAACGUUAUGAACCUAUCCUAACUUACUACCUACCAAAUCUAACUUUAACUCGAUUUGUAUUUAUACAAAGGAUGAUGCAGAUUAAUCUUAACUCCUACUUUAACUUUAACUCGUUUGCUACUCGAAUUUUCUCACUAAAUGCUCCCAAGACCAAAAGUCUAUGGAUUUAAUUUUAUUUCGUAAUGACUAGGAAGCUUGUUCAGAACAAUGGCUACAACCCCAAAUACUCGACGAUCUUGUAACCCGUAGUGCUUUUCAAACCAAAAAUAACUGAAAGAUGAAUCCAAAACUGAAAACUCAAUGCGUGCAUGCCUAGUUAUGUCUCAAACUGUAGUUGAAUUAAUUUAUUUUGCAUUUUAACUGUUGUUUUUCUUUAAAUGGAAUUUAAAUCAAAGCAAGCAAGCAAGUAAAUACUCAAAGAAACUCCUAACUCUCUACAAUGCGAAGCAAAGCAAACCUUAAAGAACUUCUUGCGAAGCCUAUAAAUAGUUCUAAAAUAAAGCUAACGAUAACUUAAAUUAAACUCUAUAUAUAUUAUGAUGUACACUAUAUGAAAAGAAGGAUCAAGAAGGAGAGCUGAAAGAGAGAUAAGUAAAUCAAAUGCAAUAAGAAGUCAAUGAUGAAACUGCUUAUUAAUUACUUGCAGCCAACGUAGUGCUAUAUACAAAAUAUUUAUUCAUUUGCGUAAAUAAAAGAAUGAAAAUAAAUAAAUAUGAUAAUGUUC